AACUUUUUUGUCAUUUUUUAGUACCUUUCUGUGUGCAGUGCACUGCUAAAUAAAAAAACAUAUGUUGCAAUUAAUUAACAACAAUCGCGCGAACAAGUUGUCUGCGGGCGGACGUAUUUUGUUUUGUUGUUAUUUAGGAAGCAACCUAGACAUUCCGUUGAAUUCGCCACUCAAACCGGCAUUACAACAUUGUUACAACUAGAGCAGCAACAACAAAUUGCCGCCCAAUUGCCCCAUUAAUCGCAGAUUCGCAGUAGGAAGACAGUACCCCAGCUGAAGCUAUGGACCACGCCACGCAUCAUGACCACGCGGGCAUGCAUCACGAUCACAGCGCCAUGGCAGCUGCAGUGGGAGCCACCGCCUCGUCCUCCGAUGCUGGGUCCAUGUUGGACAUGGUGCCCGACAUGAACGAUAUACAUGCAGCCCAUGCCGGUCACGCUGGUCACGCAGUUCACAACCAUGGCGGUGGUUCUGGCACGGGAAUGGAGCACAUGAUGCCCAUGGCGUUCCACUUCGGCUACAACGAGACGAUCCUCUUCUCCUGGUGGCACAUCGAAACAGUGGCCGGUCUGGUGGGUUCCAUGAUCGCUAUCUUCCUGCUGGCCCUGAUGUACGAGGGCCUGAAGUACUACCGGGAGUAUCUCUUCUGGAAGACGUACAAUUUGCUGGAGUACCGUCCGGUUACGGGGCCCCAGAGGAAUCCGGAGGCGCCACGGAUUCCUUCGCCGGCGGCGGCAGCUCCCUCGCCCGUGCAAUACGUGGGCGAAGUUGUGCACAAGCAACCACCUUCGAUGCUGUCGGUUAACCACCUGCUCCAGACGCUGCUGCACGUGCUCCAGGUAACCCUGUCCUUCCUGCUCAUGCUGAUCUUCAUGACCUACAACGUGUGGCUCUGCCUGAUGGUCGUCCUGGGCGCCGCCGUUGGGUAUUUCCUGUUCUGCUGGAAGAAGUCGGUCAUCGUGGAUGUCACCGAGCACUGUCACUAACAGAGGACCACCGGAAGCCUCAGCCGGCGAUGUCUCACGCAGGAGGAAGAGGAGGAGGAGGAGGAGGCACAAGCGGAGGCGGACCAGGAGCAGAUGUCCAUCUGAACGGAAGGCGGAGGCGUUGGUGCUAGGCUGGAAUUCCCGAAAGCUCUCAUCCCCACAGAAAACACACACACUUCAACUUCAACUUCAACACACCCUGCUACUUGCUAUUCUCUAGCUAUAUUAGCCUAUAACUAACUCUUUAGCUGGAUUGUAAACAAUGCAGCUGCCGUUGAAUAUCACAGCCUGCAGCCGUUGCACCGUUUACAGUCCAGCCCUUAAGUCCCGACAACAAGAUCAACUAUGUAAACGAUUUUCCCCGGAAGAAUUUCCAGGUAAUCGUCGUUAUAAGUCGAAAGUGUAUAGUAAACAAGAGAACAAAUUGAGCGAAUUGUAUAAAGUUAAGCAAUGCAAAUAUAACUUUUUCUGUUGGUACUCAAUCUAUGUUCGCAGGAUUCCCCCCCAAAAAGCAAAUAUUUUUUUUAUCAUUACUAUUAUAUACCAUUUUUGUAUCCCUAUUAUACGAGUAUGAUUAUUAUUAUUGUUUGGUAAUAAAAUCCAUUCUUUUUUUAUA